AUGGGGGAUAUGUAUGCAUCUGCGGUUGUGGUGGAGUCUCCAAAAUGCAAAUGCAACGGGAGGAACGCCGUGCGUGAGCAUGCGCGAGUUGCGCUGGUGGAGCUGAGCCCCACCUGCCGAAAGGAUUGUGUUCUGAUGCCAGGCAUGGAUGUAGAUGCGCAUCGCUGCAAGGUUCUGGCGAUGCGGUGCGAAAAGGCGUGGGAGCUCGUUUCGCUUCAGCCGUGGUCUUGCUCGUUAUCUGCUGGGGCGUGGUGUUUCAGCGCUGUACGACGUUUGUGCGAUGGCGCUUGCCAUCACAAGCGACAUCGCGUAACUGGCGACGCAGCACAGGCGCAGCGAGAAACGCGUUGCGCUGGUGGAGCUGAGCCCCACCUGCCAAAAGGAGUGUACACAUCAUUUGUCAAAAACAUGGGGGAUAUGUAUGCAUCUGCCGUUGUUGUGGGGUGA